UGGCCUUGAUAAGAUUAGAAAGUUGCAUCUAACUUGAGAUUCUAACAUCUGAUUUUUAAGCACUUCCAAUACUAUGAUUUCAUUGGUUCUCCUUUUUGCGGUUGGGGCAUUUGCCCGGCCUGAAACGUGCGACUACACCCCUUGGAGUCAGUGCGAGGGAACUUCACUGUGUCAUAAAGGGCAUAACGUAGCAUUCAAACUACAAGAAACCACAUACGAUGUUGGUCGGGAAGUAAUGAAAACCAUGAUGGCUAAAAAGAUAGAAUCUGCAAGACUGAGGCAAGAGUGUAGAGAUGCUGGGGAAUGUCCAGAACUUAUGGGAAAUAUGCCAACUGAAGGACCAAUCACGUGUAGCGCGGGAGUAAGUGCAGGGACUUACCCUGGGUCAAGUACAUCAAAGAGUUGCUCUAACGUUGACCAAGUAGCUUUCCUCUCCUUGGAUGAACUUGAUCUUACUUCAGGUCUGAUAUCGGGUCGAGAAAGUAACGAUGUUUGGGGGUGGACCGACCCCGUCAAUGGGGAAGAAUACGUCAUAAUGGGACUGACCACGGGAACAUCGUUCGUAAGAAUUUCUCCCGACCCCGAGAACCCAACAGUUGUCGCCUUUAUGCUCACCAAGACGCAAACUAGCACGUGGAGGGAUAUUAAAGUCGUGAAUAAUUACGCUUUCGUUGGAUCAGAAGCCAGACAACAUGGAAUCCAGGUUUUUGACCUCACGCGUCUUCGAGGACAGACAAACCUUGGUUUAGUUGAAGAAGAUGUUGACUAUGUAAGAGUUGGUAAUACACACAAUAUCGUUGCAAACGAGGACAGUGGUUUUGUAUACGCAGUUGGGGCGACUGAAGGAGGAGGUCUCUAUGAACCAUGCUCAGCUGGUUUGCAUUUCAUCGAUGCGACAAACCCAGCUGAUCCAUUCUUUGCUGGCUGCUAUUCUGCCGAUGGGUACACUCAUGAUGCACAAUGUGUGAACUACAAUGGUCCAGAUGUCAACUAUGUUGGUCGAGAGGUGUGCUUCGCUUAUAAUGAAGAUAGUUUGACGAUUGUUGAUGUCACAAACAAAGCAUCCCCGUCCUUGAUCAGUAAAGUCACAUAUCCAAACUUCAGCUACACACACCAGGGCUGGGUGACAGAGGAUCACACAACCGUUCUACUCGACGAUGAAACUGACGAGUAUUACUCCACUGCAGGAAGUCAAAAUACACGAACUUACGUCUGGGACGUGAGCACAUUGAGUAAUCCUGUUCUGAAAAGUACCCAUGUCUCAAACCAGAUCUCCAUAGAUCAUAACCAAUACAUUGUAGGCGAUCUUACCUACCAGUCUAACUAUGAAUCUGGACUGAGGAUUUUAAGAGUUGAUCAGAAUGCCUAUACCCUGACUGAGGUAGGCCACUUUGACGUGUACCCAGGGGCAGGAGCGGAUUUCUACGGGACAUGGAGCAACUACCCUUACUUUGCCUCCGGUGUGGUUGCCUUGACGUCUAUUGAGUACGGUCUUUACCUCGUCAGACCCAACAUCGCUGCCAUGGAGAUGGCCUAUGAGAGCAACUUGACGGGAACACAAACAAGAAGCAGUUGGAACAGCCAACAAUGCCCAAUGCAAACACAAGCAUGUGAGGCCCCCAAAUGCUACUAGAGACCAAGAACGAGAAAUGGGAAACACGAGCAUAUGUAUAAUCUAGACACCUAAAUGCUACUAGCAAUAUAUAACAAGAAAUUGGUACUCAACAAGAAAAAUAUCAUUUCGAAAAUUUAUUUCAAAGUGUCGGAAAUUACAAAUAAAAUUUGAACUCUUCUUGUAAAGAGAUAGGUCAAUGUUUUCUUUUUACGUCCAUCUUUGGUUCUCAGGACCCGGGAUGAUAGUACAGUCGUGGUACGGGCCCCGGUGGUAUGGGGAUUAGGAAAUACUGGAUUGUUUGCUCGUUUGUAAUAUUUGGCCUUAUAUAGUGUAUGUGAUAUAAACGCCUUCUUGGUGUGGGACAGGAAUGAUCAGAUGACUUUGUAAGAAGGGGCAUGUAUUCCAUAUACACAUAAGUCCAUAUAUGGUAUAAUUCCAAAUAUGAAAAUAUUCCAUAUGUGGCAAAAUACCAUUGUGAUAUUCAACAUUAUAUUGUACACAUAGGGUCAGUACAGUACAAUAUUAUCCAAACAGUCUUAAAUAAGUUAAUUAGGUUUGUUAAGUAUUCAUUAAACAUAUUUCAAAUAUGGCUCAAUCUAUAAAUGCAUUGAUUGUUUAGAUUUGACAAAAUGUACCAAAUGUUCAAAAUACGACAUAAGUAAGUCUAACUAUUUAAGAGCUAAUUGUAAACAUGAAUAAAUGG